ACAUUGUUGUCUGGGCAUCCGCGCAAUGCGGACGUGCGUACAGAACUGGCGGGAGAGGUGACCGAAUUAAUAGCUGCGAAUUUCGCAGCGAAUAACGAUUUGGAUUGUUAUAAUAAAUUGUCAGCAAUCACGGCCGAGGCUGACACUGCUGUCAAAGACAAUAUUAAUGAAGAAGCUGAUCCAAGUAGCGUCAAAAGCUACGAUGAUAAAGAUAGUUGGUGUCUUCAAACAUGGAGUGACAUGCCAAGUCACUUACAAUUCAAUCCGCACAUUAGGACUGGCUACAGACAAAUCACCAACUUAAAAGGAUGCAUAAGGAGUCUGUUUUACAUUCACAAUGAAACCGUCAACACAUUCACUCACGGUCUAGCUAUCUUACAUAUCUUACUAACGAUUCCCGGGUUAUUACCAUGGGAAAAAGGCAUUUUCUUUGGUUUUAUUUCCUGGUGUCAUCUAAUCGGUGCUGUAAGUCCAUGGAUUGGUUCAUUUAUCUACCAUUUAUUUAUGAAUCUCAACUACGGAGAAAAAUUUUACCGAGGAUUAUUAAAGCUUGAUAUGCUUGGCAUUUGGGUUUGCCAAAGUAUUGGUGCAUUACCAAUGAUAGCAACAUCAGUGCACUGUCUUACCCCGAUACUUUGGUAUUCAACGAUGCUGCUGUAUGUCUUCCUGAGCAUUUGGGGCUUGUUUAAGGCAAGAUAUCACAAUUAUAUAAUUAUGAUAUGCAAUAUUGACAUUAAUUGGUUGUCUUUUGAAAGCUCAGCAAUGAAAGCCAAGUCACCGUGGGAGAGAAGGCUCUGCUUCGCGCCUCCAUUCAUGAUGAGAAUGAUUUUUUUGACACUCAGAUGCUUUCAUUUAACUGGCGGUGAUCCUGAUAAUUUAACACAUAUCGUACUGCAAGACCUCGUUGCGGUUAUUGGUGGAGCAAUAGGUGCAUUAAGAAUACCAGAAAAAUGGUUACCAGGUCAAGUUGAUUUUAUUUUUAAUUCGCAUAAUAUCAUGCACGUAGUUGUUAUAUGUGCUGUUUGGUCAAUGCACGCAGCUACAAUACGUGAUAUCAAGUGGAUGAUGAAUCCCGACGUUUGUUUAGAUACUUCCAAUACUUCUAAUUCUUCUUAUUCUUCUUCUCCAGCUUUUAUUCACGAUGAAUUAUAA